ACUGCAACCUCUUCCUCCCGGGUUCAAGUGAUUCUCCUGCCUCAGCUUCCCCAGCAACUGAGAUUACAGGCACGCGCCACUACACUCGGCUAAUUUUUGUAUUUUUAGUAGAGACAGGGUUUUGCCAUGUUGGCCAGGCUGGUCUGGAACUCCUGACCUCCAGUGAUCCGCCCGCCUCGGCCUCCCAGUGUUGGGAUUACCGGCGUGAGUCCCGCGCCCGCCCCUGGCUGGCUUCUUUGCCGCAAGCUGUUUUAUCAGCAAAGUCUUUGUGACCUGUCUCUAGUCUGCUCAUUUUUAAAUGCGUGUUCUGCACUCCCCAAUGAAUGGCCAUGGAUCAGGAGCUGGCCCUUUUCUGGAAACAGGUCAGCAUUCAGUCUCUACAGAGGCACCAUAAACACGCUGGUGGGGCCCUGCACAGUCGUCAAAGUCAAGGCCUCCGGGCAGGACUCGCGGCCCCUCCGGCCGGCGGGUGGGGUUGACCCGCACGUCCCGCCCAGCCUCUCCCUCCGCGCUCCGGACGGGCGACGCUAGCUCGGGACCCGGGACUCCGCCCGCCUCCCCGCGGGUAUUUGAGGUCCGGGGCGGUUCCGGCGUCUCUGCCUGCCGUUGUGCUCGCUCGCUUCCCGCUCUGGAGUACGUGUCUGGCUUGGGAGCCGCUCGGACACGCCGGCUUGGGUUUGUCGCUCCCAAGUCCGGAAAGCCGGGGGCGCGAGGGGGGAGGGGGCACGAGGAGGAAGGGGGCACGGUGGGGGUCGCGCGGGGCCAGGAAGGCGCGUGGGUCGACGGCGCGCGGGGACGCAGGAGCCCCGAGAAUGGGGCGUGGCCGCGCGGGGCUGUGACCCCAGCAGUCCCAGCGGGGCGGGGGCCCGGGCGAGCGUCCGGCUUGGAUUCCCUUCCGGAGCCUCGCAGCGGCAGAGAACGGCGACGCGGCCGGGUCUGCCAUCAUGGAUGUUCUCGCAGAAGCAAAUGGCAUCUUUGCCUUAAACCUUUUGAAAACGCUGGGUAAAGACAACUCGAAGAAUGUGUUUUUCUCACCCAUGAGCAUGUCCUGUGCCCUGGCUAUGGUCUACAUGGGGGCAAAGGGAAACACCGCUGCACAGAUGGCCCAGGUACUUUCUUUCAAUAAAAGUGGUGGUGGUGGAGACAUCCACCAGGGCUUCCAGUCUCUUCUCACUGAAGUGAACAAGACUGGCACACAGUACUUGCUUAGGAUGGCCAACAGGCUCUUUGGGGAAAAGUCUUGUGAUUUCCUCUCAUCUUUUAGAGAUUCCUGCCAAAAAUUCUACCAAGCAGAGAUGGAGGAGCUUGACUUUAUCAGCGCCGUAGAGAAGUCCAGAAAACACAUAAACACCUGGGUAGCUGAAAAGACAGAAGGUAAAAUUGCGGAGUUGCUCUCUCCGGGCUCAGUGGAUCCAUUGACAAGGCUGGUUCUGGUGAAUGCUGUCUAUUUCAAAGGAAACUGGAAUGAACAGUUUGACAAGGAGAACACUGAGGAGAGACUGUUUAAAGUCAGCAAGAAUGAGGAGAAACCUGUGCAAAUGAUGUUUAAGCAGUCUACUUUUAAGAAGACCUAUAUAGGAGAAAUAUUUACCCAAAUCUUGGUGCUUCCAUAUGUUGGCAAGGAACUGAAUAUGAUCAUCAUGCUUCCGGACGAGACCACCGACUUGAGAACGGUGGAGAAAGAACUCACUUACGAGAAGUUUGUAGAAUGGACGAGGCUGGACAUGAUGGAUGAAGAGGAGGUGGAAGUGUCCCUCCCGCGGUUUAAACUGGAGGAGAGCUACGACAUGGAGAGUGUCCUGUGCAGCCUGGGCAUGACUGAUGCCUUCGAGCUGGGCAAGGCAGACUUCUCUGGAAUGUCCCAGACAGACCUAUCUCUGUCCAAGGUCGUGCACAAGUCCUUUGUGGAGGUCAACGAGGAAGGCACGGAGGCUGCAGCUGCCACAGCUGCCAUCAUGAUGAUGCGGUGCGCCAGAUUCUUCCCCCGCUUCUGCGCGGACCAUCCCUUCCUUUUCUUCAUCCAGCACAGCAAGACCAACGGGAUUCUCUUCUGUGGCCGCUUUUCCUCUCCGUGAGGACAGGGCAGUCUUUGUGUGCAGCCCCUCUCCUCUCUGUCCCCUGACACUCCACAGUGUGCCUGCAACCCAAGUACCUUAUCCGUGCAGUGGUGGCAGUUGAAAAAUAAAGGGCCCAAUUGUGGGAUGCCGUGUUCA